GCUCUGCUGGCAGCCGCGGAUAACGACAUGGAGAGAGUCUGUGAGAUGAUCCUGGACCAUCCCCUCUAUCGGGAGAGUGUGCGCCGGGAGACGGAGAGGCAGGCCGCGGAACUCUCCGGGGAGGAGGGCGUGGUGUUUCCCGAGGAUCCAGACUCCAAGUUCUCUCACGCCAACCUCAGCAAGUUGUUGCUGGAGGUUUUACUAAGGGCAGCUAAAAGAAAUAACUUCCAAAUCGUCAAAAAAAUCAUGAUGUGCGGGGUUUUCCUGGAGGAGCCGCAUGAUUACUUCUGCGCAUGCCCAGAGUGUACGGAAGGAAGGAGAGAAGAUUUCAAGGUCUACACCACCAGACGACUCGACACGUUUACCGCCCUUGCUAGCCCCGCCUACAUCUCCCUGACGGCUGAAGAUCCCAUCCUGGCCGCCUUCUACCUCAGCAGCAAGUUCCGCCGGCUCUCGGAGAUUGAGGGCGAGUAUAAGCAAAUCUACCUGGAACUUGACCAACAGGUGCAAAACUUCACCCUUGCCCUGCUCGACCAGUGUCAAAGUUCAGACGAGGUCAAGGCUGUUCUGAGCGGCAAGUCCAAGAAGCGGCAGUACUACGACGACUCGGGCGGCAAGGCUAGUCAGGAGGACGACGGCAUGGACGGCGGCAACAUAUUGCCGCUGGUCUACACGGCAGUCAGGAUGGAGCAGAAGAAGUUUGUAGCUCACCCCCAGUGCCAGGCACAGAUCGGCGAGAUGUGGUUCAGCGGCGUGCCCUUCCUGCGGUACCUGAACAGGUUCACCUACCUGAUGCUGGCCAUACCAAUAGGCAUCGUCUGCUGCCCUGUGCUGUCCAUGAUGUACCUGGUCUCGCCCUGGGCUAAGGUGUCACGUAUUGUGAACACACCUCUGAUGAAGUUCCUGUCCUACACCUGCUCCUACCUGACCUUCCUCAUCCUCAUCAUCGUGGCCAAGCUCUACCUGAGGAACUACAUCGACAGCUUUACCUGUGAGAAACCUGAGACCUUCGCCUACGUCAUCUUGUUUUUCGUCUACAUGUGGAUUGCUGGUCUGAUCUACGAGGAGUGUAAACAAAUCUUCGCCUCGGGUGCCAGGGACUACUUCGCCUCGUUUUGGAACAUCAUUGACAGCACCAUGUUGAGUUUCCUGCUGGCCUCGUUUGUGUUGGAAUUGGUCACACCCAUCAGAUUACAUGAGCUGCGUGACUCGGACUACGUGGACGGCUACAAUAUCACCAACCUUUUGGCCAGCAAGAAGCAGUCAGUGACGUCAUCACCAAUAUGCCAGCAGGCCAGGGAAGCCGCGGCCAUCCCCCACUCCAAGUUUUGUACGACCGCACGAGAUCCGGACGGCUUUCAGGUUGUGUGGGACUCAGCCUGGGUGCCAGACCCGGAACUUUUAUCCGACGUCCUGUUUAGCCUCGGGAUGAUCUUCAGCGUGAGCAGGUUUUCUUUCAUCAUGCCGGCCAACGAGGCGCUGGGCACGAUGCUCGUGUCCUUCAGGCGCACGGUUGUGGACAUAGUCAAACUGUUCGGGAUGUUCGUGUUGGUGAUCCUGGCCUUCACGUGCGGCAUCACUGCACUCUACGCACCCAGCAGGUGCCACACGGAGAGUUUUGACAGCUUCACCUCAACCUUAUCCACCCUGACCUGGAGCAUGUUCGGCCUGGGGGACAAGGAACAUCCCAAGGUCGAGGAACAAGGUCAGCUCCACGCCACAUCUUUGACCAACAACCCCGACAGAUCUGGCGGGGCGAGUACCGUGGGCUACUACCUGUACGGCAUCUACGUGUUUUGUACCACGGUCGUACUGCUCAAUCUGCUCAUCGCCGUCAUGUCCAACACCUUCCAGGAAGUACAGGAUGAACGUGACGUCGAAUGGAAAUUUGCCCGCACGGAGCUCUGGCUGGCUUUCAUCGAGCCUGGGACGCCCGUCCCGCCCCCCUUCAACAUCCUGCCCAGCCCCCGCCUGCUGUGGAAGUCCAUCAUGUGGAUGUGUCGGAGGUCAAAGUUCAGGCACCUGCUGCCGCACGAGGGCAAGAAAGUCAGAUACGUGGCCGUGCAGACGGGCAGUAUGCUAGAGCUACAAGACAUGGAGGAAGAAAAGAGUGAGUCAUCUAUUGAAGGCAAGCACACGCGCAACGACGUCAUGUGCCUUCUCAUCAGACGUUACGUACGGCACGUGGAGAGGAUGAAGAUAGAGGGAGAGGAUGGAGAGAAAACCUCGAGUGAGGAGACGAUGCGACGUCUGAUUGAAAGACUUGGCGCCAAGGUCGACAAACGUCUGGACGACCUCCAGAUGAAGCUGAUGCGGCUGGACAAGGAGGUGGAUGGCGUCAAGACUGAGGGUGUCAAGAGCCACGUCUUACAGAAAGAUCACCUGGAGAAAUUUGUGGAAUUCUCUUCCAGGAAAACAACAGAGGGUGACAAGUACGCCCACAUGCUAGACGAAGCCAAGCUGCAGAUCCUUGCACGGAUGGACUCUGAGAGGAUCCAGAUGGAGCGUGUCUUCGAGCACAAGGUCAUCACGCUGACCCGGAAACUGGACGAGACGUCACGUCUGCUGUCCCAGCAGAUGGACCGCAUGCAGGGCAUCAAGGGCACGGGAUCGGCGCCACAGUCUCCGUCACGAUCAAAAUAAUAGUUUGACAUUAUUUUUAGCAUUUUGGUUGUACUGUGGGGGAAAUAGUUCUGUACGAAGUGUAACGAAGAUGUGUUCCUUGGCGUUUGUA